UUCCCAAUUAUUUUGCAGUCUUACACAGGUCACAUGAAGUCGACACCUACAUGAAAUAUUACUGUACUAUGGCAUUUGGUGCCCCCUUGUGAGAUUACAACCAGAUUCACAGUAAAUUAAUCGGAAAGCAAGAACAAUUAAUCUUGGAUUCAAAACAAAUACAUGAGGAAUAUUAUGCAGGCAUCCAAACUUAAUGAGUCAUGGCAAAUCAUGUGAAUGGAUGGUCUUAUGCAUUACAUAUGGUGGUUGGCUUGGACAAUGUAUGGAGGCAAGUAACCCCUGACGUAGCCAGCAGGAGUGGCGCAACUCGUGACAGCUUCAGUGCAGAAAUAAAUAUGAAGUGGUUACUUAAAUGGGCCAUAUGUACGAUGGCAUCAUGUGACACCCAAGGGAACUAUCGUUCCAGAUCAAAAUACAAACACUUUUCAUUUGCAAAAUAUUUUAAUAAUACUCUAUAUAAUAGCUUGCAACUGAAAGGAACGAAUGAAAGUGAAAAGGUAUAGACUUGAUUGUAUGUGGUUAUGGAACAUUAAAGAGAGUCACGCUGCAUAAUCUUUUAACUGUUUUAAAGGCGUCACUGUUUUGUUUUUAUAGCAUGUUGGAAUCAGAGGGAAUUUGUGCCGUGGAGACAAAGGUGAAAGGUAGACAGGUUCUGAACUCAAACGCGCCUGGAGCGUUACCACACCAAAAUAUGGCCACCAGAGGUACAACAGUCUCCAGUCACUGUGCGCCACGGCCCCAGCCACGGCCCCAGCCACGGCCCCAGCCACGGCCCCAGCCACGGCCCCAGCCACGGCCCCAGCCACGGCCCCAGCCACGGCCCCAGCCACGGCUCAGUACAGAGCAACAGGACGUUCUCAGCAAGCCUGCUGAAGGGACCCAAUCCAGGAGGACGUUAUGACAGGAGUGACACGCAGAGGUAACGCAGCUAACUGGCUGACAACGAUGAGGGGGGACCAGUCAUUGCAGGUGCCAGACGUGACGUGCGACAGCCUGGCUGUCAGAGGGCAGUGUGUGUGUGUGUGUGUGUGUGUGUGUUACGCAUCCCAUACACAUUCAGUUAGAACAAUGUCACCCUGCCAACUAGCAGCAGCCGCGGGCUUGUAGUGACCGUAAUGAAAACAACUACAACGAAUGAAGGUUUCAGUUGCGUUUGUGCGUUUCUUUUGUGUGUGCGUUUGUGCGUUUCUUUUGUCUGUGCGUUUGUGUGACAGAUGGGAGGGAAGGUGACGGAACAUUACUGGAAGGAUGAGAUGAGUUGAUCGGACGAGUGACCGGCCUGAACAGCCCACUAGUUAACUGCUCUUUCCUUGAGUGCAGUGCGCAUCAGGAACCUGCAGAGGAGUGCUGGAGGGUGACUGGGGGAACCCUGCUUUGGCAUGCCAGGAAUACGCCACAACCCAGGACACAGGGAGAGCGCUGGCCCAGCACUGACCACAGCCAACCAGGCAGAGGCAGAGGGGAGGGGGGGAGGAGGAGGAAAGAAGCCCUCCUUCACCAGGGAAGAAAAAACCAAGGGAGAAAGAAAGAAAGCAGAGUGCGAGCGAGGGAAGGUGAGAAGGAGCAGAGUGAGGCAGAAUUAGAGGAAAAUAAGAACGGGUGCAUUAGGCAAUAAGGCCAGUUAACUCGCCCAGAUUUUGACAAUCACUCCCUCCCUGCUGCUGGGGGGGGGAGGGGGGAAGAGCGAGCGAGCGAGGGCUGGCCGAGGGAAGGGGAGAGAAGGAAACCAGCGACUAGAGAUGACGGACUGAAGCAAUGGAGAGGAUUAGAGCCCUCAUCACAGCCCCCAGAACCCCACUGGCCUGCCUACUCCUGCUGCUUCUGUCGGGGGUCCUGGGGGGGCUGGUCCUGUCCAUUUGCCCGUCAGUGUGCUCCUGCAGCCGGGGCCACCGUGUGGUGGACUGCUCCUCACGCCACCUCACACACCUGCCACCUGGCCUGCAGCACAACAUCCGCUUCCUCAACCUCUCACACAACAGUCUUGGUGGUCUGGACGGCCAGCUGAGCCACUAUGCCCACCUACGCACCCUGGACCUGUCCUACAAUCUCCUGGGUCGCUUUCCUUCCGGCCUGCCCAGGGCCCUGUGGGACAUCCGGGCUGCCGGCAACCAGCUCAAAGCCCUGGACAAGAACGACACGGCCUACCACUGGAACCUGCGGGUCCUGGACCUGUCAGCCAACGAGCUGGAGAGGGUGGUCUUAAUCAACAACACUCUGCCCAGCCUACACGCCCUCAACCUGAGUCAUAACCGGUUCUGGACUGUGCCCACCAACAUGCCUUACAAUCUGGAGGUGGCGGAUUUGUCCCACAACUACCUGGUGCAGAUCCUCCCAGGUUCAUUGGACCGGCUGCCCAGGCUGAGGAGGUUCUACCUGCAUGCCAAUCGCUUCUCCUGGGUGCCGGAGGGGGUGUUCGACCGGCUGGAGGGCCUGGAGCUGUUGACGCUUGGGGAUAACCCUUGGGCUUGUGAGGAGGAGGAGAACAUCACAAGGCUCUUGCGCUGGGCCGAAGACACCAGAGCCACCGUUUUGGGCUGCCCCUGUUACACCAGGCCAACGUGCGGGCAGGCCCAGCUGGCCACUCCAGGGGGAGGGUGGCACUUUGCCUCGUACACAGAGCCUCCGCUGGGGGCUGAUUCCAGAGAGAUAGGGCGCGGUGGCCCCCCACCAGCCAGGUCUUCUGUGGUUACGUCUGGGUACCUGGCUAAGUCGGCCUUGCUGGAACCAGGGAGCCACGGAGAAAGGGGGGCAGUCACCAACUCGGGGGACCAGACAAUUUUUGUGUUCACAUCCACCCCAACGCACAGGCGCUCCACAAGCACAACGGGACUCCCGCGCUCCGCUGCCAAGAAGCCCCAACCAGGAAGCACGAGGAGCGUAGGCCAUGGGCUUCACACACAGAUCCCGUGCUCGGCUGUCGCCGUGAACCUUUUAGUGACGGUGGCUGCCUUUAAAAGCCUUCUGAACUGAGCUGGGACUGUUCGAAACUGGAGCCAAGUGUUGAGUGAUAUGGAGACGGCCUAAUUGUUUAUGUACAAGCCUAAAUGUUUAAGGAGGGUUUGGCUUCAGUUUUCACAAAAAAAACUUGACUGUUACUGCCUAAAAAAUGAAUAUCACAUGUAUUCUCUCUCCUUUUAUGAGACUUCUGACCACUUCAGAAUAUAGUUGUACGGCUGUAUCUUUCUGCUAUACACAUGAUAUCUAGACCAAUGUAUGUACACAUACAAGAGUAUUAAUUCUCUAUUGGUGUGGAAACAUGAAUGCUCUUCUCUACUCUCUCUAGUCCAUACUGCUUCUCUGUUCUGUUGACAGAUGCUGCUGCUGCAUUUCAUGGUUUGUAUGGUAUAAAUAAUGUAAAAAAAAUAUAUGGAAUGCAUUUACUUUGUGUGGUUUGGAUGAAUGUUAGAUAUUACUCAUCUUUAAAUAGUUAUAGAGUUCCUGGCAGAUUAGGGUUAGGUUCAGGCUUCUUUCAAAUUGAUUUAAAAAACAAUUAACAGCAAAUUGGACAACUAUAAACUAGCAGAUUGGGUAUCAUUGAGAUUAAAUAUUAAAUCAACAAUCUCGAGUAGGCCAUUUUGAAAGCAUUUAAAUGCAUCAGGAAUAUAUCACUUGGUCAGCAACGCAAAGCUGUGUGACUUAUGCUUGGGAUUAUAUAGCCAGAAAGAUAACUUGUAAAUGAAUAACUGUCAUGCAUAGUUCUGCAUUAACUUGAGGAUGGGUCAUUCAUCACAACAGAUGAGAUACAUUUUCAGAAGACGAAGGAACAGGAGAAUGGUUUGUGAAGCAGCGAUUCAUAACGUUUGAAUCGAUUCUCUGACUAAAUAUAUGAAAUGAGGUUGAGGUCCUUCAGAUGCACUCGGAUGUUAAACAUUUAAAUCGAGGGCCAAUGUGUAUAAAUUGUUACAUUGCUAAAAGACAGACAGAUAACAAACCAAUGCAAAACACAGCUCAUCUCUGAAACCCACUCAUUUUACAUUGAAUGCACAAUAAUGAUUCAAGAGUUUGUGGUAAUAG